AUGCGGACGGUGCUUGUCUACAACUACCCAUGCACCUCACGACUGCCCUGCCUCAUCGGCCGCUCCUACGAAGACGAUGCCACGCAGAAGGACAAGAAGAUCUUGCCUUACAAGGUCGUGCGGGCUCCCAACGGCGAUGCCUGGAUCGAGGCAGCCGGCGAAAAGUACGCGCCGAGCCAGAUUGGAGCCUUCGUGCUGACCAAGAUGAAGGAGACCGCUGAGGCCUACCUGGGACGGAACGUUGGCCAAGCGGUGGUCACCGUCCCCGCGUACUUCAACGACGCGCAGCGCCAGGCAACCAAGGACGCAGGCAAGAUCGCCGGCCUUGAGGUGCCGAGAAUCAUCAACGAGCCGACCGCAGCAGCCCUGGCCUUCGGAAUGGACAAGGGCACGGACGGCCAGAUCUUGGCCGUCUACGACCUCGGUGGAGGAACCUUCGACAUUUCCAUCCUGGAAAUCUCGGGCGGCGUCUUCGAAGUGAAGGCGACCAAUGGCGACACCUCCUUGGGCGGCGAGGACUUCGACCACGCCAUCGUCAAGUACCUCGUGGACGAGUUCAAGAAGUCCCAGGGUAUCGACCUGGGCCAGGACAAGUUGGCUUUGCAGCGUCUGCGCGAGGCAUCCGAGGUCGCGAAGGUGGAGCUUUCCAGCAAGGUUCAGACCGACGUCAACCUCCCCUUCAUCACUGCGGACCAGAGCGGUCCCAAGCACAUGAACAUCCAGAUGACGCGAUCGAAGCUGGAGCAGAUCGUCGACUCUUUCCUUCAGCGCACCCGGGCCCCUUGCUUGGCCUGCAACAAGGAUGCCGGCGUGGAUCCCAAGGAUAUCACUGAGGUGCUUCUCGUCGGUGGCAUGACGCGCAUGCCCAAGGUGACGGAGAUUGUGCAGGAGGUCUAUCAGAAGGAGCCCUCCAAGUCAGUGAACCCCGACGAGGCUGUGGCCAUGGGGGCUGCGAUCCAGGCGGGCGUGCUGAAGGGCGAUGUCAAGGACAUCCUCCUGCUGGAUGUGACGCCCCUCUCCCUGGGCAUUGAGACCCUUGGAGGCGUCUUCACACGCCUCAUCGGACGAAACACCACCAUCCCGACCAAGAAGUCGCAGGUGUUCUCCACGGCUGCAGACAACCAGACCCAGGUCGGCAUCAAGGUCUUCCAGGGCGAGCGUGAGAUGGCAGCCGAUAACCAGAUGCUCGGCCAGUUCGACCUCGUCGGCAUCCCGCCGGCUCCUCGAGGCGUUCCCCAGAUCGAGGUGACCUUCGACAUUGAUGCCAACGGCAUCGUCAAUGUCAGCGCGUCGGACAAGGGAACAGGAAAGAAGCAGGCGAUCACCAUCCGCUCUAGUGGUGGCCUGAGCGACGGGGAGAUCGAGAGGAUGGUCAACGAGGCCGAGAACAUGAGGGAGGCCGACCAGAAGAAGAAGGACACCGUGCAGGCCAAGAACGACGGCGAGAAUCUCGCCUACCAGGUCGAGAAGCAGCUGACUGAACUCAAGGACCCCUUGGUGUGCCGGGUGGUUGGUUUUAAGAGUAGAGGUUUCCUCGACCAUCAACGAGGUUUCCUGAAAACGGUCGACCAGGUUUCCGAAAACCGAUAA